AUGAUGAUCCUGAUCAACGCGAGGAAAGCGGGAUGGACGCACCAAGCCAGCCCAGACGAAGGAACUUCCGCGCCACAGUCACCUGCCAAAAAUCCGCAAAAGCGCAGACAGGAUGAUGAUCCUGAUCAACGCGAGGAAAGCGGGACGGACACACCAAGCCAGCCCAGACAAACCAGAAGAAAGACAGUGCGGCAUGAUUACCGUCUAAUGCACGACCCAGAGGCAGACGAAGAUCUGGAUAAUGAUCCAGAUAAAUCAAAUGCCGAAUUAGUCUAUAUUGCGAUGAGCGCCCACGGAAAUGCGGAUGCGGACGAGCCAAAGACGCUCAGUGAUGCCAAGAGAUCACUCGAGUGGCCCAAAUGGGAACAGGCAGUCCAGACGGAACUCAAUCAACUACAGGGUAUGGAGACUUGGGAGUUAGUGGAACCUCCCGAAGAUCGAAAACCCGUAGGAAAUAAAUGGGUUCUAGUUAAGAAAACAAACAAAGAGGGUGAAAUAAUCAAAUACAAAGCCCGCCUGGUUGCGAAGGGAUAUUCUCAAAUUCCAGGCAUGGACUAUACCGAGACGUUCACGCCCGUAGUCCGCCUCGAAACCAUUCGAGCUAUCCUCGGGCUAGCCGCAAUCUUAGAUUGGGAGAUCGGACAGAUGGACGUGAAAGGCGCCUAUCUUAAUGGAACUCUCAAAGAAGAAGUGUAUAUGCGGCAACCCGAAGGAUACAGCGAUGGAACAUACUGCAUAUGUAAAUUAAAGAAAACCCUCUACAGGCUAAAGCAGUCUGGCCGAGAAUGGAAUAUCGUGCUGAACCGCAAGUUACUAGACGUGGGAUUCAAGCGCCUAUUCUCGGAUCCAUGUGCGUACAUUCAGAUCAAAGGUGAUAAGAUAGAAAUCGUCACCAUUUGGGUAGACGACCUAUUAAUAUUCACCAAUGAUUGCGCACUGAUGGACCAAUUGAAGAGGGAACUCCAAAAUAUGUUCGAAGUUACCGACCUUGGCGAACCCCAAAAAAUUGUGGGGAUAGAAAUUGAGAGAGACCAUUCAAAGCGGACAAUCAAAAUCUCUCAGACAAAAUAUAUUGAGUCUAUCCUACACAAGAAUGGGCUUACGAACGCCAACACGGUCGGGAUGCCUCUUGAUCCAAAUACAGUGCUUGAAAAAGAAGAACCCGAAACUGAUGACGAAUGCGACCGAGACAAUGGAUAUGCAUCGCUCAUCGGAUCACUGAUGUACACGGCAAUUGUCACGAGACCAGACAUUGCUCACCCCGUGCAAUGGCUUAGCUCAUUUACUGCCAAUCCCGGAAUGGCUCAUUGGACUGCUGCUAAACGCAUCCUCCGCUAUCUAUCCGGAAUGCGAGAACUUGGAAUAAUCUACGGGCCAAUUGCAGAUGUCAAGCCCGAAGAUCAAUCCAUAUUUGUGGGCUACUCAGAUGCAGACUAUGCGAACGAUAUCUGA